CUGCUCAACCGGCUCCACCGGUCAUCUCCAUCCCCUCCCUAUAUAUCCCAACCGCUCCUCCGCCUUCUCCCCUCGUCUUCUCUUCCUCUCUCGCUCUCUCUCUCACAUCAUCAUUCCCUCUCCCUUCUCUCCGUCCAAAAAUCCAAACCUGCAACACCGAAUCUGAACUUUUUUUUUUUUUUUUAAAUUUUUAGUUGCAUGCUUUUCUGAUCCAUGGCCGGUGCAAAGAAAGAUGUGGAUCGGAUCAAAGGUCCGUGGAGCCCCGAAGAGGACGAUAUGUUACAGAAGCUGGUCCAGAAACACGGUCCCCGGAACUGGUCUCUGAUAAGCAAGUCGAUACCGGGUAGAUCCGGGAAGUCCUGCCGGUUACGAUGGUGUAACCAGUUGUCGCCUCAGGUCGAGCACCGGGCCUUCACUCCCGAAGAAGAUGAUACCAUUAUCAGGGCUCACGCCAAGUUCGGCAACAAGUGGGCCACGAUCGCCCGCCUCCUGUCGGGUCGGACCGACAACGCCAUCAAGAAUCACUGGAACUCCACGCUCAAGAGGAAGUGCUCGUCUAUGAGCACCGACGACGGUGUCAACGUGGACGACUUCCCCAAUCCCCCGCUGAAGAGAUCCGUCAGUGCCGGGUCGGCCCUUCCGGUUACGGGUCUCUACUUGAGUCCUGGUAGCCCUUCCGGAUCUGACGUCAGCGAUUCGAGCCUUCCUGCUAUGUCUCCCAUGUACCGCCAUGUCGCGCGAACUGGCGGUGCGUUCCCGGCGCCUGUCGAAACGUCGCCAUCGGCCAACGAUCCUCUAACUUCUCUCAGCCUCUCGCUUCCCGGAGCUGAUUCGCCGGAUAAUUCCAAUCACGCGAGAGAGUCGAAUCCGGUUCAAUUAUUGCCGGCCUUGCCGCCAUCAAUGACGGCGGUGUCGACGCAACCGGUGCCGGUGAAUUAUCAGAAUAAUAAGCAAGCAGAGUUCAGGGCGCCAUCGCUUAUAGCGGCUGCAAUGACGAUGCCAGUCCAGCCAGCUACGGUGAGUCAACGGAACGUUAUGCCGGCGCCGGUUGCGGUGCAGCAGCAGGCGCCAGUCACAACGCAGCAUGAAAAAGCGUUUAUGCCGUUCAGUGCAGAGCUGUGGGCGGUGAUCCAGGAGAUGAUAAGGACGGAGGUGAGGAACUACAUGGCGGGGCUCGAACAGCAACAGCAGCAGCAGCAACGCCAAGGCGGAUUUUGUAUGCAACAGGCUAGUGGCGAAGGAUUUAGGAACGCCGUGGUGAAGCGUAUCGGUAUCAGUAGGAUCGAGUAGCAAUCAAAAUAGAUGUCGUCAUGAAUCAACGUAAAGGAGUUGAGUCAAGACAACUGAAACCUGAACAAGAGGAAGACGAUCCAUCCUAGCUUUGUCGCUCGCGACCGGAAACUAGAGGAAAUGGAAAAUGUAGCAAAAAAUAAAUUGGACAGUGUACAGAGAUAGAGAAAAAAUGGGGAGAAAACUGGAGAGAGACCGUAAUGCAAAUUCACAGAGAGAAAACGAGAAAGGGUGAUGAUGGUUGGUUGAAGUGAAGCGAAGUAGUAGCAACGGGAUCAUAAAAAAAAAAAAAAAAAAAGAAAAGAAAUCUUUUUUGUUUUUCUUUGUUUGUUAAUUUUACCCCUUAGUUUAAUUUUACCCAUCUAUCUAUAAUCUUUAUGGAGGGAGGGGUUCUGUUUUUAUUAGCAGUAGGGAACAAAAAUGAAUGUUGAGAAAGAGAUGAGAAUGGGAGAACAACCAGAGCUGGGAAUGAAGAAAAGAAAAAGUCUCUUCGAAUUUUCAGUACGCA